GAGAGUCUUUUUCCUGCCUUUCAUGUGUUUUUCUUCAGCUGAAGGGGGCAUGCCCAUCGGUUCAUCCGGCAGCUUCCCCCCCUUCUGCUCCCGCCAGGAAGCCAAACCGAGGACAAUCUUGAAAUAUACCAGUUCCCCGGGAUUUGCUAUCGCUGCCUCCACCGCCUCUCCGGCUGCCGCGGUGCAGUGCCAGGACUCUGGGAAUAAAUUAAAACGGGCUCCUGUGUCUGUAUAGCCACCUACCUAUUGCCUAUAGUUGGUCAUUUCUUGCGAAGAUCACCGAUGAGGUGGGAGCUCUGCUUGGGGUCCGCCUGUACCCAUCUGGGGUGAGACUCACCCCAUGCCUCUUCUUUUCUAAUCCCACAUUUAUUUUAAGGAAGGCGAUGGGGGAGCAAAGAGAAAACGAAGGAAAAGGAAUGAGCAUAAAUCCUCUGUAAAGCUCGCAUCCAUCUCCGCUCCCCCUCCCUGCCUCCCUCCCCACCCCCCACACAGGCACUGUGUUUCUCGAAGGAGGAGGAGGAGGAGGGGGCUUUUUGGAGAAGGAGGAAGCGUUGGUGCCGGGGAGGGGGGGAAUCUCUUUCCCCUUUUGGAGAUGGUCGUGCUAUUCCUCUUUGCCUUAAUCUGGAUGGUGGAGGGAGCCCUUUCGCAGCUUCACUACACGGUGCAGGAGGAGCAAGAGCAUGGCACUUUCGUGGGGAAUAUCGCCGAAGACCUGGGCUUGGACAUUACAAAACUUUCCGCUCGCCGCUUCCAGACGGUGCCCAAUUCGCGGAGCCCUUACCUGGACCUCAACCUGGAGACCGGGGUGUUGUACGUGAACGAGAAGAUCGACCGCGAGCAGAUCUGCAAGCAGAGCCCGUCGUGCCAGCUGCACCUGGAGGUCUUCCUGGAGAACCCGCUGGAGCUCUUCCGCGUGGAGAUCGAAGUGCUGGACAUCAACGACAACCCGCCCGCCUUCCCGGAGCCCGACCUGACCGUGGAGAUCUCGGAGAGCGCCACGCCGGGCACCCGCUUCCCCUUGGAAAGCGCCUUCGACCCGGACGUGGGCACCAACUCGCUGCGCACCUACGAGAUCACCCCCAACAGCUACUUCUCGCUGGACGUGCAGACGCAGCCUGACGGCAACCGCUUCGCCGAGCUGGUGCUCUCCAAGCCCUUGGACCGCGAGCAGCAGGCGGUGCACCGCUACGUGCUGACGGCCGUGGACGGCGGGCAGCCCCAGCAGCGCACCGGCACAGCCCUGCUCACCAUCCGCGUGCUGGACUCCAACGACAACGUGCCCGCCUUCGAGCAGCCCGUCUACACCGUCUCCCUGCCGGAGAACUCGCCGCCCGGCACGCUGGUGCUGCAGCUCAACGCCAGCGACCCGGACGAGGGCCAGAAUGGCGAGAUCAUCUACUCGUUCAGCAGCCACAUCUCGGCCCGGGCGCGGGAGCUCUUCGGCAUCUCGCCGCGGACGGGCCGGCUGGAGGUCCACGGCGAGCUGGACUACGAGGAGAGCAGCGUCUACCAGGUGUACGUCCAAGCCAAGGACCUGGGGCCCAACGCCGUGCCCGCCCACUGCAAGGUGCUGGUGCGGGUGCUCGACGCCAACGACAACGCGCCCGAGAUCAGCUUCUCGACAGUCAAGGAGGCGGUGAGCGAGGCGGCGGCGCCGGGCACCGUGGUGGCGCUCUUCAGCGUCUCCGACCGCGACUCGGAGGAGAACGGGCAAGUGCAGUGCGAGCUGCUGCAAGGCGACGCGCCCUUCCGCCUCAAGAGCUCCUUCAAGAACUACUACACCAUCGUCACCGAGGGGCCCCUGGACCGCGAGCAGCCCGGCGGCGACGCCUACACGCUGACGGUGGUGGCGCGGGACAUGGGCGAGCCGGGCCUGAGCACCAGCAAGUCCAUCCAGGUGCGCGUCAGCGACGUGAACGACAACGCGCCCCGCUUCUCGCAGCCCGUCUACCAGGUGUACGUGAGCGAGAACAACGUGCCGGGCGCCUACAUCUACGCCGUCAGCGCCACGGACCGCGACCAGGGCGCCAACGCGCAGCUGGCCUACUCCAUCCUGGAGAGCCAGAUCCAGGGCAUGUCGGUCUUCACCUACGUCUCCAUCAACUCCGAGAACGGCUUCCUGUACGCGCUGCGCUCCUUCGACUACGAGCAGCUCAAGGAGUUCAGCUUCCAAGUGGAAGCCCGCGACGCGGCGGGAGGCGGCGACGAGCCCGACGGCGAGGAGGCGCUGGCCGGCAACGCCACCGUCAACAUCGUGGUGGUGGACCAGAACGACAACGCGCCCGCCAUCGUCAGCCCGCUGCCCGGCCGCAACGGCACGCCGGCGCGGGAGGUGCUGCCCCGCGGCGCCGAGCCGGGCUACUUGGUGACCCGCGUGGCGGCCGUGGACGCGGAUGACGGCGAGAACGCGCGCCUCACCUACAGCAUCGUGCGGGGCAACGAGGCCAGCCUCUUCCGCAUGGACUGGCGCACGGGCGAACUGCGCACGGCGCGCAAAGUGCCCGCCAAGCGCGACCCGCAGCGGCCCUACGAGCUGGUCAUCGAGGUCCGCGACCACGGCCAGCCGCCGCUCUCCUCCACCGCCGCGCUACACGUGGUCUUGGUGGACAGCGCGGUGGAGCGCCAGGGGGCGGGCGCGGGCGGCGGAGGAGCCGGCGGCGGCGGCGGCGGCGGGGGCCUGGGCCCCGGCGGCGCGGGGGGCCCCGGCGGCGAGCACCGGCCCAGCCGCGCGGGGGGCGCCGGCGGCGGCGGCGAGACCUCGCUGGACCUGACGCUGAUCCUCAUCAUUGCGCUGGGCUCGGUCUCCUUCAUCUUCCUGCUGGCCAUGAUCGUGCUGGCCGUGCGCUGCCAGAAGGAGAAGAAGCUCAACAUCUACACGUGCCUGGCCAGCGACUGCUGCCUGAGCUGCUGCUGCUGCUGCCCCUGCUGCAGCCGCCAGGCGCGGGCCCGCAAGAAGAAGCUCAGCAAGUCGGACAUCAUGCUGGUCCAGAGCUCCAACGUGCCCAGCAACCCGGCCCAGGUGCCCGUCGAGGAGUCGGCCAGCUUCGGCUCCCACCACCACAACCAGAACUACUGCUACCAGGUCUGCCUCACGCCCGAGUCGGCCAAGACCGACCUGAUGUUCCUCAAGCCCUGUAGCCCCUCCCGUAGUACCGACGCCGAGCACAACCCUUGCGGGGCCAUUGUCACGGGAUACACCGACCAGCAGCCCGACAUCAUCUCCAACGGCAGUAUAUUGUCCAGUGAGACUAAACACCAGCGUGCAGAGCUCAGUUAUCUAGUUGAUAGACCACGGCGGGUAAACAGUUCUGCAUUCCAGGAAGCAGACAUAGUAAGCUCUAAGGACAGUGGUCAUGGAGACAGCGAGCAAGGAGACAGCGAUCAUGACGCCACUAAUCGAGGUCAAUCCUCUGGCAUGGAUCUCUUCUCUAAUUGCACGGAGGAAUGUAAAGCAUUGGGCCACUCGGAUCGGUGCUGGAUGCCCUCUUUUGUCCCUUCUGAUGGACGCCAGGCUGCGGAUUACCGCAGCAAUCUUCAUGUACCCGGUAUGGACUCUGUUCCAGACACUGAAGUGUUUGAAACACCAGAAGCCCAGCCAGGGGCAGAGAGGUCCUUCUCCACCUUUGGCAAAGAGAAGGCCCUUCACAGCACUCUGGAGAGGAAGGAACUGGAUGGACUGCUGUCUAAUACACGAGCGCCUUACAAACCACCAUAUUUGAGCCUUGCCAUUUGUGGAUCUCAAAGUGGAUUAUAAAAGAAUAGUGAUUUAAGACCCGCAGAUCCUCUGUGAGAUAGCACGGAAAAGGAUAUGCUAGUCAAUUCUACGGGACUUACCUGAAGCAGCAUGAUUUGCACAAAAGUCGACCAACAAAAGCAUCAACUUUUCAACUUCAUUAUCUUGGCCAUCCGAUUCUGUGUUAACUGAAGAAUUACUGUGCUGUUGGAGACAUCAUGGCCAAUAAUAGGACCUAAUUGCUCUCAGCAGGCCUGAGAAAUGAGUUGAAAUGUAUGGAACUGUAGAAACUUCAAGAGGCAACUGAUUUUGCCUCCCUGAUCAGUGUGUGCCUGUUUACAGCACUAUAUAGCUCUCUCUCUCUCUUUCUCUCCAAAAUGUCACUGAGCCCUUUAGAUGUUUAUAUUCGCCACCAGAAGCCAAUCGUACAGAUUUAAAAGAAAAAAGGAAACGUGCAUUAUAAAUGCAAUAUCACUGUUUUAAACUUGACUGUUUUAUAUUAUUUUUGUGUGAUCAAGUGUCCCCCAAACUAUUCCAACUUUACAAAAGAAAUUGUGAAUCAUGUUCUUUUCACCCGUGGGUCAUGAAAAUGUUGUUAAUCUGCAGACCCACAAAAAUAUCAAAGACAUUCUGUAGUUUAUACACCGUGUUGCAAAGUGUUUACUGUACUAUUUCAAAGCUUCUAAAUAAAUAUAAAAUAUAUAUAUUAUAUUACAUAUAAUUUUCCGGGAAACGUGGUACCAUUUAGUUGAUUUUUAAAUGAAUUCAUACAGUCCACACCAUACACUAAAGUGAAAAGGUAAUUCAGGGUCGUUAAAUUAUCCUUGCCUAAAAAUAAAAUAAAUCUUUAAUAAUACUUCCCCAAUUUUUGUACUUUGGUCAAUCCUGUUUGUCCUUGUUAAAAAAAAAAAGAGCUGUAAGCAACAACAUUUUUUCUGAAAGUUGUACUGAAUUUUCAAUGCCAAAGAUACAGCUGUCAAUAAUUAUGAAAAUGAGCACUGAUUAUGUACUAUCAAAGUAUAUAUAUAUCAACCUCCAUUAUUUUGAUUCUAUUUCUAUGGCUUUUAAUUUGGAAUCAAAAACUUUUUAUAAAGGCUCUAUAAACUCACAUGUAUAUGUUGUUAAAAAGUACACUGGGUGUCUGUACAUUUUGCAAUGUAAGAUAUUAUGUAAGCAAAGGCAACUAUUUUAAGGGAAUCUCUCCCCAUCCCAGCCCCAAACUCAUAGCUGACAUACAUUGUUGUUUGACUUCGUUUUGUGCCAAUAUAUCCUUUCAUGCUGGCUUGCAAUGGUUUUGAAGAAAGACCAGUCACAAAAUUAUACAUGUUCCUGAGCCAUUGAUUUGAAUUUGUCUCUUUAAUAUAAAAGCAAUUUAAAGUUAGGAAUAGUCAAUGCCAACUUCACUGGUAACCAGGUUAGUCCUGCCUAUGUUAUUUUUAUAGUAAUUUCGUGAUUUGCAGUAUCUCGGAAACCAUUUUUUUUACUAGAAAAACAAAUAAAUUGUCAAAAAUUCAAAUCGUUGCAAAGUAAAGGUUACCUUUACUUUCAUGGCCUCUGAUUAUAAGUACCAUUGAGAAAAGUAAAAUAUAGUAAGAUCUUUUCCUUCAUACUUUCAUUGGGCAGUAUCCAAUUCAACACAACCACUAAUAUAAAUUGUAUUGCAGUAGUGUAAAUGAUCUCUAAUGCCACGCCAAUAGCAUUUGCUGGUGUGAUGGGUUUCCCAGAAAACCCAGUGUGCCAGCAAAUACUAAUCGUCUUGUGAUAGAGGUUGCUUCUGCUGGCACAACAUAA